CAUACAAUAUUUGGAAAAAUGACAUAUUCACAUUCAAGUUUGUUUUGUACUUGGGAAGAAAUGUUCCUAUACAGUAUCGUAUUGUAGUUAAAGGAUCUAUUUGGUUUCCUGUUCGUGGCAGUCUUUAUUGUGAUAGGAGUUGGGAUUUACUACCACGCGAAUCUCUGGCCGGAUUAUCAGGGCAUGUGGGAUGGUGACUGGACGAAGUGGAGAAUUUGGCAAAUUAUUUACUACCCAUAUUUUCAACUCUACGGAGAGUUAUUCAAUGACUUUUUGGAAGGCAAAGACCUAUCAGACUGUUCUCACAAUACAUCGGUGUGGCAGUUCGACUCUUCCAUUGAACGUUGUCCUCAAGAAGACUGGACAGUGUUGGGCGUUUCAGCAAUUUACAUGUUGUUUUCUAAUCUUCUGUUGGUCAAUCUCGUUAUUGCCAUGUUCAGCUACACAUUUGAAAGGGUUCAAGAAAACUCCGAGAAAUUGUGGAGAUUUGAGAGGUAUACCGUCAUCAAUGAUUAUGAAUGGAGGAUCCCAUCUCCUAUCAACCUUUUAUUCCUUCCUUAUCGUUUCUUUUGCUGCCCAGGCAGGGAAGGAUGCUGCCUCGACAAAUGUGAAAAACGUUACUACCCAAAACAAGUACGAAUUGAAAACAAGGAAAAAGAGGAAGCCCAAAAGUUUCGUAAAAACUUUCAAAGGAUAACAGCAUUCAGAAUGAGUGAUAAACUGUAGAGAGAAAGUAGAUCAUUGUACGACUGUAGACAGGAAAUAGAUCGUUGUACGACUGUAGACAGGAAGUAGAUCGUUGUACGAUUGUAGACAGGAAGUAGAUCGUUCUCCGAUUCCUUUCCUGCAAUAACACAAGGACAAAAUUAGUUUUGAAAAUUGAAACGUUUGAAUUUUGACAUUUGAGAAAACAUGUAAUCAAUGAUGUAUAUUUUGAGUGUUUUAAGUUUCAUCCCAUUCAAGUGGCAAUAGCUUUAUGCAUGAACCUUGUGUAAGCAUACACGCAUUGCCAUCAAUGUUAUGUAUGUGGAGCUUUAGAUUAGUAUAUGAUUUGCAAAUUGUUUGAAGUUUUGCACAGUUUGUUAUAACAAAAUGAAUUUGUCUUGAUUUUAUUGCAUAUUGUUAUCAAAAUCCCCCACUUUAUUUUUCAUGUUAUGAUUUCCAAUGUAUAAUGAAACAAGCCUCGAAAUUUAAACAGAUAGGUAUGAAUAAUAUACGUACGUAAUGGAAGUUACAUAUAUUCUUUUCGAUAUAAAUUCGAAGCUGCUAUUUGAAGCACAUUCACACGCACAUGCAAACAUAUCCCCUCUUGCAAUGAAUUGCGAGGGGAUGAAAAUUCUACAAACGAAUUGUGGACUUAGGGAUGUUAUAUUUAUAGAUGCACUGAUUUAUUCAAUGGUUUAGGGCAUAAUAUUGUAUUGCAUAGUAAUAGAAAUAAAAAUGAUAUUUAAAGAUA